AUGACGUCCAGAAAUCUCAUCCGUCACUCGACGCGUCUCGCAUCGGUCACCAGCAACAAUAGACGCAAUGUCAUCUACACCAUGUCAGUACUGGACCGUCCGUGCUUUCAAAAAUCAUCAGCCGCUGCUCAGAUUCGCUUUCAUAGCAUGCAAUCAACUGCCUUCAGUAAAGAAGCGGCUCAACAAGAGUUUUCCGCUGACCCAGAGCAGCGUAUUCUAACGAAAGCUAUAGAUCAUGUACCAAAUCAUGGAUGGACCAUUGAGGCUUUAGCAGCUGGUGCCAUGGAUCUUGGAUACCCUUCAGUGGCUCAUGGCAUGUUUACGCGUGGACCUGUGGAGCUGGUGGAGUAUUUCAUGGACUCGUGCCUUGCCAAGCUGCGGAAGACGCUGAUUCUUAAUACGGACAAGUUACAAGCCAUGACUGUGGCUGAACGUCUCAAAUUUGGUGUUCGCAAUCGUUUGGAGAUGCUGAUUCCGGUGAUUGAUUUGUGGCCACAGGGAAUGGCGCUUGGUGCACUGCCGCAGAACGCACCCAGCACUGCGAAGAGACUGGCACAGCUGUCAGAUGAGAUCUGGUACUUUGCUGGUGAUAAAUCUACGGACUUGUCAUGGUACACCAAGCGUGCUGUCCUCACGGCAGUGUAUGCUAGCACUGAGUUAUUCAUGCUAAAUGACAAGUCACUGAACUUUGAAGACACGUGGGCAUUCCUUGACCGCAGGAUUGACGAAACGAUUCAACUUGGAGAAUUGCCUCAAAACUUGAACGAUGUGGUUGGGAUGGCCGGCAUAGGACUGCAGUCGAUGUUGUCGGCUGUAACGUCGCUUACAGGUCCUUUAGUUGGGCAAGUAAUCUCUAGCACGCCUUUGAGCCAGGUUCCGAACCCGAUUACGGCUAUGGGAAGCGUGGUUCCGCCGUCAGUAGUUUCGGCUUUCGCAUCGGGACUGCCAUUUACCGCCCCGACAGCGUCCGCAGGCGCUGCACCAGAAGUUGAUGCCAUGGCUUUUAAGCCUAAGGAUCUGAAGGAGAUUGAUGAAGAGCUGGAAAAGCUCGGUUACGUUGACAUGAGCGAGAAACGCAGCUAA